UCACCCCCACCGGCCGUCUCGUAGACUUCCUCAUCAACCUAUACGCGUCGUGUUUUUUUUUUGUCAACCUUUAGCAUCUCUGAUUCAUCAUGUCCGCCCUGUGGCAGGAGGCAAAAAAUCCUGAGGGUCGUGUCUAUUAUUACAAUGUUCAGACAAAAGCUACGCAGUGGACAAAACCUGUUGAGCUCAUGACCCCAGCUGAGGUACGAUACGUUUUCUCGGGAUUACAGGGAAGGCAUGUUCGCAUAACAAUAGUACUGACAAUCACAAUAGAGGGCCCUUCAAGACUCACCAUGGAAACAACACAAGACCGAGGAUGGCCGACCUUACUGGUUUGUUUUGCUGCGCUCGCACUUUUUCCGGUGGUGAGAAGAGGUCGCUGACGCUUGCUAUUUUUCUAUUUAGGUAUCAUGCCGAAACGAGACAAACAACCUGGGAAAUGCCUGAAGCCUACAAAGCGGCACUCGAGAGGAGCUCUCAGUCGCAAGCGCUUUCACAUACGCCGUAGGUCAACCUAAGUGCUAUCUACCUGGAUGGAAUAGCUAACAAUAAGCCAAUAGGCAAACAUUUGUCGCUGGGGGUACCCAACACUUUAAUCACGGUUACGAAAAUAAUGAACGUCAGGUUGCAAUCCAAGGCCAAUAUUGUCCAGAUUCAGGUUUGGGUGGUGAUAAUGUCGCCAGGUCCAUGGCCCUACCGUCCUCGCUCGGCAAUGAAAAAGAAGGCCCUCAAUAUUCCACCCAUGAUGAGGCGGAGGCCGCUUUCGUAAAGCUCCUGCGUCGAAGUGGUGUCGCCCCUGAUUGGACGUGGGAGCAGACAAUGCGUUCGAUCAUUAAGGAGCCCCAAUACCGGGCUCUAAAGGACCCAAAGGAUAGGAAGGCCGUCUUUGAGAAGUAUAUCGUUGAAUUAAAGCAGCAAGAACAUGAGAAGGCCAAGGACAGGAUUACAAAGUUGAGACAGGAUUUCGCGGUAAUGCUUAAGAGCCAUCCGGAGAUUAAAUAUUACACUAGAUGGAGGUUAGUACAAUUAUACCCAUUUCCCCUUUAGCGACUUGUUCCCUCUAACUUUAUGUAGGACUGCCCGUCCAAUGAUUGAAGGUGAAACUAUUUUCCGCUCCUCUUCUGACGAGACAGAGCGCCGUCAGUUGUUUGACGAAUAUAUUAUCGAACUUCGCAAGACCGAGCAAGAGCGCGAUCACCAGCAUAGAAAGGAAGCCUCGGAGGAGUUGGUCGGGCUGCUCAAAUCGCUUGAUCUAGAGCCAUACACACGUUGGUCAGAAGCCCGGGAGAUUAUCCACCAGAAUGAACGUUUUCAGUCUGAACCAAAGUUCCAGGCACUGUCCAAGCUUGACGUGUUGAACGCGUUUGAGAAUCACAUAAAAGUACUCGAACGAGCCUUCAAUGAUAAAAGGCAAAAAAUGAAGAACCUAAAGAUGCGGAAAGAGAGGAAGAAUCGGGAAGCAUUCUCUGUAAGUCGCCGAGAUUAUCUUGCUGGCAAAGCUGCGGCGAUUUUACUAACGUAUCCUCUCAAUACAGGCAUUAUUGGCUCAGCUGCGAUCUAAAGGUGAAAUCUGUGUGGGAACCAAAUGGAAACACAUUCACCCAUCCAUCAAAGAUGAUGAGAGAUACCUUAACAUGCUUGGCCAGCCAGGAUCUACCCCGCUUGACCUCUUUUGGGAUAUAAUGGAAGAAAUUGAACGAGAGCUUCGGGUGAAGAGGAACCUGGUGAUGGAUAUAUUGGAUGUAAGCUAUUCUCCUUGUCCCAACCCCAACCGUGAUUGUUGCUAACAAUAGGCAUAGGAAAAGCGAUUUGAAAUCAGGGAACAAACUACUCUUGAAGAAUUUUCAAAUUUGCUUCAGUCUGACUCUCGUACCUCACAGUAUGAUCGUGAAACAAUUUCGGCUCUAUUCGAUAGGGUAUGUCUUGUCAAUUUCUUGGUUUAGCGGACUUAAUUAACGUUAAAUAGCUCCGCGAGAAGAUCGUCAAACGAUUGGAAGACGACCGCCACCAACAUGAACGUCAGCAGCGCCGCCGCACAGAUGCACUCCGCUCGGCGAUUAAACAUCUUGAACCGGCAGUCGAAAUCUCGGAUGCAUGGGAGCAUGUGCGGCCGCGAAUUCAAAAAUUAGAGGAAUUUCAGGCUCUUGAGUCAGAAGACUUGCGCCGUGCGGCAUUUGAUAAGUAUAUCCGCCGGUUGAAGGAGAAACAUGAUGAUAGGGAAAAGGAGCGUGACAGAAAGGAUCGUGGGGAAAGAGUGCGUGAUAAAGACAGGGAUACAAGGUCUUAUCGCGGUGAACCUGAAUUGCGUAACGGCCAUGACUCGAGCAGGUCAUACCAUAAGCCUGCAGCGCCAUCUCGGCAUCAUCACGAUCCUCACCCGCUAAGCCGCUCCCCAGAGGUAGAUUCUUACGAGGCCGAGAGAAGAAGGGCCGCCGGCGAACGGGAGAGACAAUACCAACAUAGAGGAAGCACUGGUAGGAGCAAUUCCCAUCACCGUUCUGAAAGGGGGGGUCGAGCGGAGAGCAGGCACGGGCGUGACAGGCAGGAAAGUGUCUAUGAUCGUGAGCGCAGAGAGAGGGAGGAAGAGAGAGAAAGACUGUAUAGGACCAGGGGCGAUGAUGAGUACCGCGCCAGGCGGAGGCCCAGGGGGCUAAGCCCAGCUGAAGAGAGUGAAGAUGGUAGGCGCGAUUCGAAGGUUUGUUAUGGAAUCCGUAAAGUUUAGUAACUGCUCCGGAGCUAACACGGGCCCGGCGGUGUAGAGACCUAGGCGUGAGCGUACUCCACGAGAUAGAACCCCAAGGGAGAGGAACUCGAGGGAUAGAACUCCUAGUAACUGGGAUGCCCGGUCUCCCCCACGUGUUAAACAACUCGCCAAACUAGCGGAUAAGGUGCAGGUUGAUAGGGAUGAGGAGAGCGAAGAAGGUGAAAUCGCCGAGUAGGGGGACCAAUCUCUAUUUUUCAUGUGGUAAUGGUUUCCUUGUCCUUAAAUCUUUCGUCAAUGAGGAAAUGAUGGGGAAAUGUCUACAUUAACUAUUCUUACUCCACAGAUGGAUGACUUGGGUACCGCAGCUAAGAGCCAUGAACUAUUUGCUUUCCUACUUCCCAAAUCCCUUUUCUGUAAAAUCUUUAGCUAGCCUCUCUUCUCUUUCCCGGGUGGCUUUUUGUCUGCACCGCCUCGCUGACACAGCUCAGGAGUGAUAGCCCACCUGGAUUUGGAAAUAAUAACCUUUGAGUACACUUUUCUAG